AUAAUAAUAAUAAUAAUAAUGUGGGAAGUUUAGGGACCAACAAACAGCUGAGUAAGCCCCAGCCCUUUGUGUGUUUUUACUCCUUUUCAGGUCUUUUCCGCAUAUUUUUCAGUCUGCAACCAUUUGAGCAAUCUCAAUGACUCUCUGCUUUUAUGAAAACUAAGUCGAUAUACUAAAAUGCUAGCCUCCCAUUUGUACCUUAGGCUGUCAACUAUAGAACAGAUAUAAAGCAUACAAUACAUCACCACAAACAGAAGUUUGGUCACAAUCACUCAAACACUAAAGAUGACGAAAUGCAUCUAAAUUAACAAAAAUCACCGAGGAUAGGCAGAUCAGGAUGACAGGAAACAAAUGUGGAACUCUGGUCACGUUCACUCCCCCUGAGUACUCCAUAUUCCUCGAGACGGGAUCAAAUCUACUCCAUUUUCAAUAACUACCUCUCAUAAUGUCAUGAAAUGCCGUGACCUCCUGAACAGCAGCGUCAAGACCAAUAAGGAAGUCUUGUAGGCCAGGGGUGAUGAAAGUGAGGAGGAUGAACACCCAAAGGAAUGGGCAACUUGUUCCUUCAGCAAGUUUGGUCCUCACUUUUUACACCCCUAAAUGCCUGGUCAAAAUAAGGGCGGCCUCCUGUAGAUUAACCCUCCGCCGGGCGCAGCUGGCCUAAGAGGCCAGCUAAACACCUUUUUCCCUGCCAUUCUUUUACCUGGCGGCCUAACGGGACGCCCCUCCUAGUAAUUUCCUAUUUAGGGGUGGUGCAUAGGAAUCCCUAAUUCAUUCUGUCGUCAACCUUCAUUCUGCUAGCCUAGACCCAUCCUGGAUUGUCGAGCCAACUGCGCCUGACUGCAUCAUAAAUUAAAAGAUAAGUUGUUUCACGAUAUUUUUGUUGUAAUCGUUCGUUUUACUUUUCAAUUCAGUUUUCCUGACUUUUAUUCUAGAUUUCCUGCUGAAAUUGACAAAAAAAUGUAUGAUUUUUCCAACCCUAAUGAUGUUGCCGAAAUUAGAAAACUCCUCGAGGAUGAUGCUUCUGAUGAUCCAGCACUGGUUGAGGAUUUUGGCAAAGAAAGUGAUAUAGAUUCUCUGGACGAAGUAGAGCAAUGUGACGAGGACUCAGAAACGGAACCAGAAGAUGAAGGGACAUCUGAGAAGGUGGAAGAUGAUUUUUUUCUUGGAAAAGAUAAGCAGACAAAGUGGACCAAGAAGGCAUCUCCAGCUUCUUUUCGUCAGGUACAAGGUCACAAUAUCAUUACACACCUUCCAGGGGUAAAGGGAGAUGCUAGAAAUGCAAAAACAGUAUUGCAAUGUUGGGAAUGUUUGUCCACUACAGAAAUUUUGGAAUUGAUUGUAAAAUAUACCAAUCAAUACAUAGAUUCAGUCAAAUCCAAAUUUGCCAGAGAGAGGGAUGCCAAGGAAACAGACAUCAUUGAAAUCAAGGCAUUCAUUGGUUUAUUAUACCUUGCUGGAGCAUACAGAGGAAAUCGUCAUAGUCUGGAGGAGCUAUAGGGUACAGAAGGAGAUAGGAUUGAGAAAUUUGGCCUGGUGAUGAGCAUAAAAAGAUUCAAGUUCCUCAUACAUUGUAUUCGUUUUGAUGAUCGUACGAGCCGGAAGAACGGAAAGAAUAUGAUCGACUUUGCCCAAUUCGUGAAAUGUUCGAUUGUUUUGUUCAAAACUGCCAAAAAAACUACCUCCCCGGAGAAAAUGUUACAAUUGAUGAAAUGCUGCCAGGGUUCCGUGGGAGGUGUGCAUUCAGGCAAUACAUUCCCUCCCCAAACAAAUAUGGCAUAAAGGUAUUUGCCCUUGUUGAUACCAAAAUGAUAUACACCUACAACAUGGAGAUAUACGCAAGAAAACAGCCUGAAGGGCCAUUUUUUGUCAGCAACAAGCAAAGUAAAGAGGUGAAACGAAUCGCCGAACCCCUUUUUGACACAGGGCGCAACAUAACCACUGAUAAUUGGUUCACAGACAUAGAUCUUGUUAAUGAUUUGAAAAAAAAAAAAAAGAGGUUUUCUU